AUGUCUGGUGAGGAGAGCGAGUGUGUUUCGCGAAAAACACGAGGAGGUCUUUCCAUAGUUAAUUAUUUGGUUCUUAUCUGUGCCCUGGUUCUAUGGAUAAGCUCACAACACACAUUAUCGAAAGAUAUCAAAACGGAAGUUUUACAGAGAUGUGAAAAAUACAACGAGAAUGACUGUCAGAAGAUUUGGACCGCGUUUGAGCAAGCUUAUGUGGGGAGGGAUACGUGUGAUGUCCCAGUGGAGAACUAUGACACUCUCAUAGACACAGUCAAGCAAGAAAUUCAGUGCGACAAGACAUUGUUCUGGAGCAAGUCUAAGGACCUGGCACAUGCCUUCACAAAGAAGAGGAAGUGCAAGAUGACUCUAGAGGAUACACUGCUUGGAUACAUGCUGGAUGGACUCACAUGGUGCAGCAAACCAGGCAGCGAAGAGACAUUAAACUGUGGGUGUCCUGAGUGGACUAAGUGUGGAAAUAAUCCAGUGAGUUCCUUCUGGAAACGAGCCUCUGCCAACUUUGCAGCGUCUACAUGUGGCCACGCGUCUGUUCUUCUGAAUGCAUCCGCUAAACCUCCAUACGAUCCAGACAGGUAA